UGAAUUAGAACAAAAACAACUAAAACAUGUUCGGAAUUUUACUCCUACUCAUUAUAGUUGGCAGCAGAGUUUAGGAAGUGUGGAAGGAAGAAGGGAAAUGUUAAUAAUUGAAGUUCUAACACCUGAGUUAUUAGGGAGUUUAGGAGAACAUCCCUUAUUUUUUUUGCAUCUGCCCCAUCCUACUUUAAGAUAA